UCCGUCUCGUGGACAGGGUCGGCAGGGUUGACUUCUCCCGCUUUCCCCUCUCCUCCGCCGCCGCCCGCCGGAGCGUAUCCAGAAGGCUCCGCCGCCGCCUCGCGAACGGCCGUCAAAAGCGUGGCUCUCGCCCGCAGAAUUCCGAUCAUGCGUGCGUGAGAUCCCGGCGGUGGGAUUCCGCUUGCGCUCCCCCGAAAUUGAGGAUCGCCAUUUCCCAGCCCCGCCCGCCGCCAUGUCGUUCGCUUCCCGUGGCGAUUCCGCCACCUCCGCCGGCGGGGACUCCGGCCGCAAGUGGUUCUUCUGCCACCUGUGCCAGCAGACCGUCGCCGUCGCCGCCGCCAACGCCGCCGCCUCCGCCGGCCCCAUCUGUCCCCGCUGCAACGAGGGGUUCCUCGAGGAGUCGGAAAACCCUAGCCCUGGCCUGAGCCGGAGCCCUCCCUUCUUCCCCGAUCCUUUCUCCUCCCUCCUCCCUCUCCUGUUCCCGACUCCCUCCGCCGCCCACUCCUCCGCCGCGGCCGCCCCCGCCGCCACCGUCGACCUCCAGAACCCCGGCCUCUUCUCGAGCCCCUCGUCCCCCCCUUCCGGUGGAUCCGGGAAUCUGUUCGACCCGUUCGCCUUCUUGAUGAACCACCUCCAGGAUCUGCAGUCCACCGGAGCGCAGAUUCAGUUCGUGGUCGAGAGCAGUCCCUCGGAAGGCCGCGGAGGGGGCGGGUUUCACCUUCCGUCCAAUCUUGGUGACUACUUCGUCGGCCCAGGCUUGGAGCAGCUGAUCCAGCAGCUGGCGGAGAACGACCCGACCCGCUACGGGACGCCACCGGCCUCAAAGUCGGCGGUCAAGAACCUCCCGACCAUCAAAGUCACGGAGGAGGUGCAGAAUUCCGAGAUGAACCAUUGCGCAGUCUGUCAGGACGAUUUCGAGAAGUAUAUGGAGGUCAAGCAAAUGCCUUGCAAGCACAUCUAUCAUUCGGAUUGCCUCCUGCCAUGGCUCGAGUUGCAUAACUCUUGCCCUGUUUGCCGGCACGAAUUGCCGACCGACGAUCCUGAUUACGAGAACCGGAGAAGCGCAGCCCAGGGGAGUGCGCAAGGAAGCGGUGGUGGCACUAGCAGUGGAGGGGAGAACAGGACGGUUCGGAGGAAUUUUAGCAUAAUGCUGCCUUAUCCUUUCAGGGGUAACGAUGGAUCGAACUCGGGUUCAGGUGGUGAGUGAUGUGAAAUGUGGGAGGCUUCAGGUAAUAACAGGACUGGUGGCUUUCUCAAUCACUCAUUUCUAGUCUUUCUUUUUCUUUUCUUUUCCUUUUUUUGUGUGGAGGCCUCGCCCCUAAAUUUCUUAGGAAUUGAAGAGAUGUGCAUUGAAGUGGAAGAAGGACAAUGGCUGAAUAAUCAUCCAGAUAUUAGUUUAGUUCCUUUCUGUUGGACCACCUUAUGAUGGUAUUUUGGGCAUUCUUAUCAUCAUAAAUACUACCAUCAUGUGAAAAUGUCAAAAGUAGUCCGCUGUGGGAGUCUUUUUGUUUAAGAAUGAUAUGCAUAUGUGUUCUUUGCCAUGGGACAAUUCCUUCACACUCAAAAUUUUAGUUUGUUGCUGUCGUGAGGCUUCAAAAUAUUGGGUCCAUAGGAUGUCUGUUGUGCAAAAGAUGGGUCUAGUAAUUUUUGAUCUCUUUGGAAAUCCAAUAACAGGCUCGUGAGAGAGAUCUUUCUUUUGGUUAAAAGGUAGCUAUAUCUAAGUUUUUGUUUCUUGCGUCUCUAUGUAUUUCAAUUUUGUGAUAGGUCUAGAGUUGAAUUUACAUGUGGGAAAAAUAUUGUAUGUCAUUCUUUAUGUCGUGGGAUAGGAGUAGACUUCAUGUUGCUCAUCUGCUAUGAUGUAAAUUGUUCAAUUGUCUAGUAAUUGGCAUCCUCUUAACUGUCGAGGGAAAGGUGCCAUUUCAGUUCAGCAUGUUUGCAGGUUGCUUUGAGUAAUAGUAUCUAUUGUGCUAUAUGAAAAGCUCCUUUUUCUUCAUUGAAUCCAUGGUAUUUGAUUGUUUGAUUGAAACUGCUGAGCUUGCCCCUCCAUUUGCCAUAUUUUCUUGAGGGUAUGUAUUGUUAUAAGGGCAAUUUUAUGGUUUUCAUUGUUUGCACUUUUGACUAUAUGUGAGGUAAGAAGUGUUGAAAAAGUAGAUUUUUUUUUUUUUCAAGGUAAAAUGUCUGUGUUCUCUCUACUCUCUCUGCCUUGGCUUUUCUAAUCUCAUUAAACUGUGAGCGGCCAUCCACAUCUGUUUUCAAGUGUGAAAGCUGAAGGUUAUUAUCCAAAGAGAAUGUAUACAAAGCCAAGUUAUCUUGUUUGAUUCUGGAAGUUGAGAAAAUUGAUCUGGUC